GAAAUAUGAUAGGUUUUGGAAUCAAAUGAAAUACUAUAAACAAUUUAAAAUUGUUAGUAUAUAGUACUAUCUACUAGGGUUUUGUGAAAUUCCGUUAUUGAAACCAGAAAUUGGAAAUUGAAGAAGAUGGGUAUGCAAUUAAAGAACAAAAGUUGAAAACUUUGAAGCAAAAAGAACCAAUAAAUAACAAUGGAGAAAGUAGAAGUAGCAAAACAAAGAUGCAGGUUUGUCAUUGAUGCCAUUCACCAAUUGCCAUCUUCUUCAAACAUCACUCACUCUUGCAAACGAACCCUCCUCAAAUUGGCACAUUCUGAGCUCACUUUUCUCUCUCGACCCUCUUCUUCUACCCCUCUAAGUGUCAACAUCGGGCACCUGGAAGCAGUUAUACAUAUUCUACAGCAGCCUUUCAUAAGUGGAGUUUCAAGAGUUUGCAAAUCAAUCCCACUAUCCCCUUCAGUUAGUCGUGAAGAGAGACACGGUUCUUCUCUUAAAGACAUCCAUGUCGAUGUGGUAUGUAUCCUCAACGGGAAGCCUGUGUGGAUUAUAGUAUCCGAUAGGAAUCCAAAGUACAUUUCAUGGAAUACUUGUCAUAAAAGUAAGGGUUUGAAGCUACGCAUUCAACAAGUACUUGCUGCUGCCAAAUCUAGCUUAACGUUACAACCUUCCUCAGUUAUUAUUUUCUUUGCUAAUGGGAUUGCAAGCCAUGUUGAUGACAAGCUUCGGGAUGAGUUUGGGGCAUCUGAAAUCCACUUGGAGUUUUCGGUUUUCAGUUCUAACAUGUUGGAAGAAACAGAAGGUGACUGGAUAAAUGUUAUCUCAAGAUCAUAUAGAAAUGCAUGUGUCCUUGAAAUCAACCUUGUUGAUGACAAGGAUGUUGUUCCGAAUUCUGGAUGUAAUGUUGAAGGUUCGACUGUAGAUUCUUCUCAAGUAGAGGUUUCAGUAGAAAAGGCUGAAACACGACUGCUUUCUUUGGAAGAAAAUGCCAUUAAUGUGGGUUCGUUUCAACUUGAGCGUUCUAUAGAUAAAGCUGAAACUAGACCACAGCUAUCACAAGAGGAUAUUGAAACAAAGUUGGGUGGUACGUUCUGUUCUGUUAUUACAGGAAUGAAACUAAGCUCCAUGGACGAUAAAAAUUCUGAGUCGACUGAGUCUAGGAAUCUUUUAGCUGGAAGUGAUCUGGUAAAUUUUGAUACAACAGCUUUGAUAGCUUUUGUAUCAGGAAUUAGUAAUGGUGGAACAGAGAAACUUUUGGCUACUCCGGAAAGUGAACUGAGACAGCGGUUUAAGGGAAACUUUGACUUUGUGAUUGGUCAAAUAAUGUCUGAACUUCAAAAUCCAAUCCACAUGGAAUUUGGUAAAGUCCUGUGUGGGAAGCAUGGCAUAAUUUGUGAGAGUGUUCUUUCAGAAUUUAAGGAGUUGGUUCUAAUGUGUGGAGGGCCCAAUGAGAAACUUAGAGCUAACAAGUUAAUAAAUUGUCUCAGGGUUGUUCCUGAUACUCCUUCAGAACGCAUGAUGGGCCUCCCAACAACUAGGAAGCUGGCAUUAAAAAACAAGAUUGUCUUUGGCACUGGUGACCAUUAUCAUGCCCCAACUUUGACAGCAAAUAUGGCAUUCGUCAGAGCAGUUUCACAGACAGGGAUGUCCCUCUCUAGUAUUGAACAUAGACCAAGGGCAUUAACUGGAGAUUAGUUACAUGCAUUCAUGACAACAAGUGUUAAAGCAUUCACUCACAAGAAACUCAGGUUUUCAGUUUGAAUUUACAGCUGCUAGCCUUGAUUAUUAUCAGAUUAUUAGAUGAUAAGCUAUCUACCACCAAAGAGGCAAUCCGUUAAGAUUCUAACAUUCCUCAGCUUCAACCUCUCAUGUUUGAUGGAUACUGGUGCUGUGGUGCAUGUACCUUCAGUUGUGUUUGAACCUCUACUUGACCAAUCAAGGACACUUUGAGCACUAUUUAGGACAUGGCAAUGGAUGAUUGAUGAUACCGCACCUGCAAUUCAUGAUCCUUUUCUGAGGAACCUGGAGCCACCAUUGAAGUUGCCGGUGGUGACGUGACUGUUCUUCCACCACGACCGGGUGGACCCUUCAGGAAGUUCUACCUUUCAUGAGUGCAGAGUGCUUUUACUAUCUCAUCCUAUGUUGUGAUUAUUACUCCCUUAUUAGUUCAAGUGAAAACUGGGUGGAAGUUGUGUAAUGUUUCUACUCUAUGUAGAGAUUCCUUUUUGACUCACAAUCUAAAUAAACUUUUAUGAGGUGGCUAUUAAUGUUGCACUUGAAUAAGAUUUUUUAAAAACAUUAUUUUUAAGCUAAAUUUUAUAGUGUUCACAAAAAGGACUAUAUCUGUUUUUUUGUUGGUAUUCCUGCAUGUUUUAAGAAAAUAUUAUAUUUUUUUAUGUUUAGGCAUGUUUUGUAAAUUAGAAAGCACUUUGUUUCUUCAUUAACAAAAAAAGAAGAGGGGAAUGUGAUCAAAUUGGAGUUCAAGACAUGGGAAACAUUAACUCCGAGGCUGGCCUAGUGGUGUAGACUUGAAACCCCGGAGUAUGUUGCUA